AUGACUCCAAUUAACUUGGCAGGACAGUUUGGUGACACGACAUACACCAAGGUUUUUGUCGGAGGUUUGGCUUGGGAAACUCAGAAAGAAACCAUGAAGAAGUAUUUUGAACAGUUUGGUGAGAUCUUGGAAGCUGUUGUCAUCACUGAUAAAGCUACCGGAAGAUCCAAAGGCUAUGGAUUUGUUACUUUUCGUGAGCCUGAUGCUGCUAUGAGAGCUUGUGUUGAUGCUGCUCCUAUAAUUGAUGGAAGAAGAGCUAAUUGCAAUCUUGCUUCUUUGGGUGUUCAAAGAUCUAAGCCUUCAACACCAAAGCAUGGAGGAGGAGGAAGGAACUUUAGGGUAAUGGGUUCUUUCCAGACAGGAUUUGGAGGAGUGGGAUCUGCUUUUCCUUCAGCUGCAACCUUCCCUCAUUAUGCUAUCCAGCAAGGGAUACCUUAUAAUGUUUAUGGGUACUCUUCUUACUCGCCAGAUUAUAGUUACCCUACGAGCUACUAUGGUGUGUAUGGUGGAGCAACAGCACAGUAUCCAGUUUAUGGAAGUGGUCCAACUGGAGGGAUGAUGACUGGUGGCGCAGCGGCCGCGGCAGCUUACUAUCCAUAUCUAUAUGGCGAAGGAACUGGCGGUGCAACGACUGGCGGCUACACUUCCGGGCAAGGUUAUGGUGUUAACUAUCCUCCUCAUGUGUUUCAAUAUUCUCCAAUUGCUUCUACGGGUGGUUAUGCUCAGCAUUAUGGAACUCCCAUUUCUCUUGCUCCUUCUCCUGCUGCCUUGCCAUCAGGCGUGACAAUGGCUCUUCAAGCUCCAAUCCCUCAUCGUUAG